AUGCACCUACGACCCCUGAGUUGGCAGAGCAAUUGCAGAAACAGAGUCCAUAGCAGGUGUCGUAGAGUGGUAUUGGUGGUCGCAGAGGUCGUAGUUGCAGCUGCAGUGUUGGCUGUGUGUGUUGUCAGCAGAAGGUACUAUGCUGUUUCUUGUACUUCCUUGGACCGUCUCAAGGGACCUUUGGCAGCCGAGGAUCCUUUCGUCUUGGAAACACUCAGGAACCACUACCUCCUCCCCCCUCCUUCGGGAUCCUACAACCUCACGUCCCUCGACAAGAAGGACAGGCUCAUCCACGACCGUCUCGGCUGGGACUUCAUCCACCGCCACGUGAGGCAGUUGUUCGCGCAGCAACGCGGCGGCUUCUUCGUGGAGGCGGGCGCCCUGGACGGCCAGUUCAUCUCCAACACCCUCUGGCUGGAGAAGGAGCGGGGCUGGACGGGCCUCCUGAUCGAGCCCGACGCCCUCAGCUUCCGGCACCUGCAGUGGCGCAGGCGAAGGGCCUGGAUCUCCCACAGCUGCAUCGCCCCGGGCCAGCACCCGCGAGAGGCCGUCUUCGAGUCCAUGCAGAGCAGAGUGCAUGUCCCGACGUCCGUGUGGAUGUUCCGAUCCAACACGAAGGAAAUCGACACCCCCUUCGCAGCCAUCGAGGACGAGCUCGGCUUCUUCUCCUCCAAGUCCUACUCGAAAGUCCAGUGCUUCCCUCUCGCGUCCUACCUCGCGGCCCUCAACGUCUCCAAGGUGGACUUCCUCUCCCUCGACAUCCAGGGCGGGGAGUGGGAGGUGAUCCACUCUCUCCCGCUCGACAGGAUAACCAUAAGGGCCAUGGCGGUCGAGUACUUCAACACGAGAGCGGACGAGAGCAGAAGGAUGGCGCGGGACGAGGCUUUUGUGUCCUACAUGAAGGAUCUAGGAUACAUCCUCCUCGCCCUGGACGACCUCGCGAACUACAUUUUCGUUCUGGCCCGCGAUCCUGCCCUGGAACCCUCGCUCGACCCUCGAAGCAACACGACCCUGGCCCGAAAUGAGAGCGCUGCUUGAGGUCCAUCCUACGCUGAGGAGGACUCGUACAUCCUCAGGUUGUUUUUCUUAAAUCAUCCUAAACUUUAUCGCUUCUUUCGCAUAUCAUCUCAUGUAUUUUUAUCUUCAUCUCCAGACGUAUGAUGUGAUCUAAAGUUGUAUUAUCUAAUGAUAUAUUAUCAUAGCAUUCUAGAA